GAGCAAACGGUAGGGAGAGCAAAGCAUGUGGCAAGGUUUAAUGCGUUUUUGGUUCCAUACUAGAGGGCUCGUUGGCAUUAGAACGGGCGAAAUGCGCAUGCACCGGAUUUUGCCCCACUGUGUCCGAACUGUCGACGAAUGACGGCAGCCCUUGAACAAGCGUCAGGACUUUGGUGAGCUGUUGUUUUUGUAAAAUUGUCCAGGAAGGAUGGUCGUCCACUCGUCUGUGGUCUGUUGAGUUUGUUUAAUGGAUUUGAGGAGAUAUUUUAUCCGUCGACGAUUGUUUUUCUUUAUCUGCAUGCAAAAGUGUAGAAACGCAUUCGGACGAAAGCGACAUUCAAGCGUGUAAGUGGGUGGUGUAAUUGGUGAUUUCUGAAGUGAUAACAGCAAAACGAAAUCGUUCGACAGUUGCUCGCAUAUCUGGUAGCCUUAUUGAUUUGGUUCGAAUCUCGUAAGUGAUUGCUACAGUGUAUCUUAAUUUGUGCCGAGCAUACAUUUGGUAACACCAUUUUUUGGAAUUUAGAAGUGUUUCAGAAAAUAAGUGACGCGGAAUAGUACCGUUUAUUGGUUUUGAAAUAGUGUGUAGCCAUUUUUAAUUAUUGUAAAAUUGUGACAUAGUAUGGACCGCAACCAAACAAACCACCAAUAUCCCACCAAAAAUCAAUCAAAACAAUUUGUUGUGAAAGUGAUCUAACGGAAUUGUGAUCCAUUUAUUAUUUAUUGUGUUUAGCAGUUACAAAUUUUAACCUAAAAAAAAACACGUUCAAAUGCUUAUGCAACAAUAAAACACACAGAAAUCGCUCAAAAUCAUUAAUCGUGCAAGAGUGUAAAGAAACAAUUAAGACACAAAACAGUCUGCAGAUUUUGAAAUGCUACUUAAACGUGCAAGGAACGAGUACAGCUUUUGUAAUAGAGAAACUAUGAGAGGAUUGUAUUGAAUCUUCUUUAAGAGAUGCAUCCUAAAUCAUUACUAGCAUUCAACUUCUGACAAAAUCCUGAUAGAUGGUAAGACGCGGCUCGUUAGUAGUUGAAUGUUGUCAGGUGAUAUUUUGAUCCGUCAACCUUUGAGUGUGGCCUUGCUGCCGCCACCCUCAUUAAUAGAGUUUUGUAAAAUUAUGGCGGCAAUUGCAACGCUUGCCAAUCAGCAAAAUAUCGACGAUGAUGACAUUUUCCUAGAAAAUGGUCUUUUGAGUUACGAAAACCCCAACUAUCAUAUGGAUCCUCAGCGAAUGGAACGCAAUUCUCAUCUGUACGAGGAAAUCAUUUCUGAAUUGCAGCAGCAGGGUACACUACGACCGAUUGCGGGCGUACAGAAUGGUUCGCAAAUGAUCGGCAACAAUCGCAAGGGUUACGGAAUGCUUGACCUUGGCACAAUGGGCGUAGAGCUGAAGGGCGGUGCAGACGAAAGUUCCCCGAAGGAAAAGAAAACGUUGCUUAGCGACACGUCUCCGAACGAGUCGAAAACGCAGAAAGAUCAGGAACCGGAGCAUGGCGAAAAAACGCAAGAGAUUCAACACAUUCCCGGCACGCUCAAUUCGGACGACCUGUACGCGUUGCCGAACAAGCGGAAACAGACCGAGGUAGGGGAAGUGCCACCGGAAGAGGACGACGCUGACGACGACGAGCCGGACGGAGACGGUGCGAGGGAUGGCGAGGAGAAAGGAAAGCGGGAAGAUAUCGACGCAAUCGAAGACAAGGACAAAACAAACGAUCUACCACCGGGCUGGGAGAAACACGAGGACAAUGGAGGUGCUUACUACUGGCAUAUCAAAUCGGGCACCAUCCAGCGCGAACCGCCUGUGUGGCCAAAGGACGCUAGCAGUCGUGAAUUGAAGACACCCAGCAUUCCCAUACCGCGAAGUAUACAGAAUUCCUCCUUCACCCAGGCCUUGAACAAUCUGUACGGCAAUCCGAAGGAAGGCAAUGGCGCUAGUGGCAACAGCAAAUCCGCCCUCUACGACAGUAUGACGUCCUCCGUCACCAGAAGUAGCACCAGCUCGGCAUUGGAUCAGGAAGACGAGCGACGCCGCCGGGAGGAUGUGGCGUUGAAGCGACGAAGCUUCCCUCUCAAAUCUGAUACAGAUCGACCAAUUCGGUUUGCGGUGCGUUCGCUUGGUUGGGUCGAGAUUGCGGAAGAAGAUUUAACACCGGAACGCUCAUCCAAAGCCGUUAAUAAAUGCAUCGUUGAUCUGUCCUUAGGGCGCAACGAUAUGCUCGACGUAGUGGGGCGCUGGGGUGAUGGUAAAGAUUUGUUCAUGGACCUUGACGAAGGCGCACUGAAGUUGAUAGAUCCGGAAAAUUUGACAAUAUUAAACUCACAGCCAAUUCACACGAUACGCGUAUGGGGUGUCGGACGUGAUAAUGGCCGUGAAAGGGAUUUUGCGUAUGUUGCGCGUGAUCGUCUCACCAGAAUACACAUGUGUCACGUGUUUCGCUGUGAAACUGCUGCCAGGACGAUUGCAAAUACGCUCAGAGAUAUUUGUAAGCGAAUAAUGAUCGAACGUUCCCUCCAACUCGAUGCAAAUGGAUCCAACAUGAACAGCACACGGUGCGCUAUACGUCCCACGGAUCUACCGACUGAAAACCGACGCUGGAUACGACACCCACAAUCAUUCCCUACUCCAAUGGAAGAACCGAAGAAAGUAUUACGGGCACAGUACGUUGGCUGUGUGGAAGUAAACCAACCGACCGGAAUGGAGGUGCUGAAUGAUGCCAUCGAUAAACUGACUUCCUGCACGCUACCAGAAAACUGGGACUCUGUAAAUGUCGCAGUAGCUCCUAGUAUGAUUAGCGUCAACUCAUCGGAUCCUGAUGGACGCUUGCUUAGCGAAUGUCGUGUACGGUACUUAAGCUUCUUGGGUAUUGGUAAAAAUGUGCAGCAGUGCGCAUUCAUCAUGCACACUGCACAGGAUAAGUUUGUAGCACAUGUAUUUUACUGUGAACCAACAAGCGGACCACUUUGCAAAACGAUAGAAGCCGCUUGUAAGUUGCGUUACCAAAAAUGUUUGGAUGCUCACCCUGAAGGCAGCGGCCGUUACUCAGCCGAUUCGCAAACGCCAGGAAAGGGAAUUGGUGCGACUUUAAAAAACUUGAUGAGCUCGUUCUCGCUUAAAAAGGAUAAGGUCAGUUCCUGAGAACGAGCCAGAUCUCUGCAGGAAAUCUGGCCACUUCCUCCAGAGAGGGAAGUUAUUCCGCAUCGGCAUCUGCAAUCGCCAUUGAUCAGCAAGAAAAUUUUUGAGCAUCCGAACAGUCCUUAGCAUUCGAUGCUGCCAGUAGCCUGGCAAAAGAUAAACUUAGUCAAAUACAGCAACAACCAACGCCGGAAAACUACUUCUGGCAAGGGUUUAGGAGCGGCAGAGCCACACUCGAGUGUAGCGAUCGACGAUAACCAACCGAAACCGGCAAAUAUAAACCAUGAGGCCAAUCAAGCUGCUAUCGAUACGAUUAAUGACGGUAGUAUUAAGACGCUUGAUUCCGUCAUGGAAGAAUCAUUUGGAAACUGCUCGGACUGGCAACAAGUUACUUAAGAAGAGCUGAAUACACUUUUAAUGCUACAGCCACUGGUGCAUUAUAUAGCACCGCCAGACAUAAGACGAAGGACAACGCAUUAACCAUUCUAUAUCAAACAUGCAUUCGCUUCAAUGCGUGCUUGCUAAAGCAACGUUCGAUAUUGCUACACUUUCGCCUUGUCGCUGUAUUGAUGGAAUUAGGAGAACGUUUGGUACAUCACCCUAGUGCACUGUGAGCGUAGAUCGCCCUGUAGAUCCUACAACAAAGAAUUUUGAACAUUAUUGGAUGCAUUUUGUAAAAGUGUGUCGUAGAUCUUCUGUAUGCGAGAGUUGGCUGCUGUGCGGUCGAUAUGCGUGAAACUAGAUGAUGGAUCGCUUAGUUUACAUUUGUAGCAUUGCACGAUCAUUUCCAUUAAUGUUCAAUGAUUACGGCUGAACUGGCGGCAGUUUGUAAUGUUGUUAUACGCGUAAUUGGCGCAGAUUGACUCUGCCGAAAGGUAAAUGUAUCGCAAAAACGAGGAUCGUGGAAGCACGAAGUUAUCUACCGAAAGAAGGUAAUGCGUACCACCUUGGCUUGGCUUCACAAGUGCUGCAUGCUUGAGCAUGAAAUAGGCAUGCUUAUUUCUUGGGAAACUAAACUGUGUGAUUCACAAAUGUGUAUACUCUAAGGAAGUUUACAGUUUUGUUUGCUUAUACUAAAAGCAAAAUGGGAGUGAAAUUAAUUUCAGUUUUGUAUUGCUAUUACGACAAUGUUUCAGUUUGUUUUAGUGUCGACAACGUACGGAUUCGAGCCGUAACGUAAAUUUCCGCAAUAAAAUAUGUUCUCAAUGUCAUCGAAAUUCUCACGAGGGACAAGGUGGUAGAUCAGGCAAAGAGCUUGCUUUUCAAGCCUUUUAAUUGUUUUCUUGUGCGUUUCUUUUUUUUAUCUACAUUUAUUCAUACCAACUCUAUUCUUUAGAAUAAAACAUACCAUUAGCGAAUCGAAACUGCCGUUCAAUUUAGAUAUAUUUCCACGCUCGGUGUAUAUAAAUUUACAUUUCUAUAUUUUUGUAACAAAGCAGCAGUAAUAAAAAAAGAAAGGAAACAGGGCAAGUUACACUUAAAGAGGUAAGCGAACUAAGAGCGGAUGACCCGAAACCCUCAUAAUACAGAUUUGAAGGUGGUAGGGCUAAAGUUUCAGGGCAGCAACAAAAAAACAAGAAAAAAUCACACACAAUGCUAUGUGCACCAUGUAAAUCAGUUUUAGAAAACUAUGAAAACAGCUUGUGUAACGCCUUUUGCCUAGCGUGUACGUAAACCGAUCCGUUGCUUUCCCUUAAAAAAACAGUGAUAGCUACCGCCUCAAUGACUAAAUAUAGUAGUAGCGGUGCUGAACAUACGAAAGAGAUAAUGACAAAACGAUAGAUAUAUUAUUUUUGCUAUAUCACAGAUUGCGUUUGCUUUAGGAACUAUUCUAAAUUUAUAGCGAAACAAAAUCGAAGGAAUGAAGAAAUGUGGAUGGGUGAGAGUGAGGUGAAAUUAUGUGCAAAGAAAAAUGAAAUAGAGAAUUGUGUUGAAGCGGGAAAAGUACAGUGGCAACCAAACAAACCAAAGGCUCGCAAAUAGGAUUUAGGGAGGAUUUUUUUUAAAAGAUACAAAAUAAUCUGCCCAGAAAUAAUCGUUUCCCUUCUCACAAUUUUCCGUCGACGUUGAAGUUGUGGUACAAAUUCGUCCUUUCAGUAACGUUCCUGUGUGAUGUCUAUUUGUAUGCUUGGUUCCAGCAUGCGAAUAUGCAAGUCCUACCGUUAUGAUCAAUUGCGCUUAAAAAACUGUUGGGGCUGUUUGAUUUUCAAACAUUUAGUUUAGUGUUUUCAUUUAUUAGUUUACUAACUAAUCUACAACAUCAACUAUUUGUAGUGGGCUGGCUAUAGAAUACUUAUGUCAAAUCACAAAUAUCAUCUCAUUUAUGUUUGUACCGUCAUGUUUAAUAAUUUUAUAGUCAAUUAAUCUGUCACUUUUAGUGAAACAAAGUCAUGAUCUUUGGAACGAGAUAGUUUGAUAGCUCCUUCCUAUAUUGUACUACAUUGCAUGGACCAAUUGUGCUAUAUUCGAUAUACAGAGGAAACCCUUAUUGACUCACUACACCGAAAACAAGAAAUCAGGAAUUUAAAUGAAACAGAGAAUAUGCUGGCAUGCUGGUUGCCUCCCCAAAAUAGACAAACAAACCAAGCAAAGGAGGAAGAGAGACGAGAAAAACGAGAGAAAAGAUUUUCUUAGCUGUAUGUCUUGCUAUAUUUUUGUUGAAGCUUACACGUAGCAUCCCGGUGAGAGGAUACCGCAUACCGCAUACUCAUGCAAAAAGCGACAAAGUAAAGAUAGACAGCAGAAUGAGAAUCACAUCGAGCUAUUUUGUGCUACCAAAGAGAUAUAACGAAAAUCUUGUAAACAAAAUGUUACAAACAUGAAACAUUAGACAUAAUCGAUACUAGGUAAAACAAAAACGGCUUGAUAAAGCUUGCAAGAAACAAUCGUGUAUCACAAUACAAUACAAUGAGAAAGAAAUACUACCAACAGAUGCUAAUAUCAUGUAAUUUUGCAGGUUUUUUGUAUGACUAGCUAUACCGAAUUGUGAAAUGACAACAUUCCGUUCGUUCAAGAUACUUUUCAUCCACCGGUUUGUCAGGCAUGAAACGAUUUCUGUUUUGGUAUAAUUUAAAUAAAGGGCUUGAACAAAAUUA